AUGGCCUCCUCAACCUCUUUUUCGAACAACCGCCUCGUCAAUAUCGGCACGCAUUCUCUAGCCCUUUACACUCAUGGCCCAGAACCAAGCAACUCAAAGGACCCCGUCGUACUGUUUGUCUCGGGCGUGGCAAGCGACUCUCUCAACUGGCAAGCUGUGGUGCGACUGCUUUCCUCCACGCUGCGACUCUACACUUACGAUCGCUCCGGUUAUCGCAACUCUGAGUCCUCGCCGCUUGUUCCUUCGGCCGAAAACAUUGCUCUGGAGCUCUCUCUUCUCAUAGAAAAAGCUCCCAUCCCGAAUCCUCUGAUCAUAGUAGCACACUCCUGGGCAGGUGUGAUCACACAUGAGUUCAUCGCCCUAAAAGGAGCUGGCCAGAUCGCUGGCCUGGUGCUUGUUGAUGCCAACCAUGAGACAGCGCCACAGGUGAUGGAUAUAGAUGAUUCAAUUCUCUGGACCGUCGCCGAGGGGGUUGAACCAUACUCUGCCUGGGGCGUUGAGGUGGAGCAUAAGUUGACACAGGAAGAGUGGGAUGCGUUUAGGGCCGCGGAAACGACGGAAAAGUUCAAGAUGAUCGAGCAAAAGGAGGAUUCUGAGCAGUACAUUCCAAGUUUUGAGACGCUUCGGAGGAAAGAGAUGAGUAAAAUGCAGCCACUUCUUGAAGAUAAACCGGUUUAUGUAAUUGGGGGAAUGCGAAGCAGAGAUUGGAAUGGUCUUUACAAGGCGGGCGUUACGAAAGGAAACGGGACGCAGGAGCAGAGAAGUUAUGUUAGAGAGUUGAUCGAGACGGUUGAUAAGAAAAAUGAGGUUCUUAUGAACGAGUUUUUGAAGCUCUCUACAAAGACCGAACGCGUCUUUGCUACCGAGAGUGGACACUUUGUCCAGAUGACUCAGCCGGAUAUUGUUGUUAAUGGGGUGAACUGGGUCUUGGGUAACUUACAAAGAUCAUCUUAG